AUGGACAAGAAUUACGUGUUAACACUGUUGGUUGCCAUGAUUGUGGCUUUAAUGGAUCCUGUGUGGAUAUUACGGGCAAAUGCUGCUCCUGUGAAUAAUGGAACUGCAAAUGCGACGAGCACUGUUUUAUCCGACAACGCAACGGCAAGCAAUGGGAGUUUGUGGCUGGGAAAUUUUUCUGCUCCCAACAUGACAGUUUCGUGCAAUGAGACGGCUGUGAAUUGCACGUCGAAGGUGGAAAUUAACAAUGCUACCAUUGAGGUGAAUUUAACCGAUGUUUGCUUAGCAAACGGAACAAACCAACUCAUCAUUUGUAACGGGACUUCGUUAAAUCUUACCAAACGCUGCGAGACAGUAAAAGCGGGAAACUUGACGAUUGUCUGUGUAAAUGCGAGCGUUAAUUCUUCAGCCGGUCUUGUGGUUUCCAAUGCAACGCAAUCUCCCGCCACAUCCAAUUUUACAACUGAUUACACGAAUGCGACAACUACUGCGGCGAAUAAUGUUACAGCACCGUUUAACACGACUGGGGUAUUAACUGCAACCCUUAAUGCAACUUCCACGAAUCAGUCUGCUACGGCUAAUGGAUCAUCGACUCAGAAUCCUAACUCGACAAGCGUUUUAAACUCCACGAUUUCCACCCUGGCAGUACAAGGGAACGCUUCAUUUGCAAACGCAACUCAAACAACGAUCACAAAUUCAUCUGCCAGUACUCCGAGCGCUGCACAAAGCAGUGAAAUUCCUAGCACAACACAACAGUCUACGACAACCCAGAUGUCAACGACGACAGUGAAAUUAACAGCAACGCCGCAAGAUACAACUCCAAAAUCGACAACAGAGAAAUCUACAACGCCGAAAUUGACAACAGUGGAAUCAACAACCACAGAGAAAUCUACAACCACCCCAACUACAGAGAAAUCUUCAACGCCGAAAGCAACAACUUCGGAAUCUACAACAAAGCAGACCUCUCAAACGCCGGAAUCGACAACCAAACAGUCGACAACUAUCAGUACUUCAGGUACUACAAAGGAAUCGGUUGUUCCUCCAAGCAUGAAAGAAACUACAAAAGAAAGUACAACCGAAACGACCACUAAAAGUACAACUGUUAAAACUGUGGAAACGACCACAACUCUAACAGAGCAGGAAAAAUCAUCACAACCCACAAAUUCACAGCACUCAAGUGAGUUGAAAUUUAUUUUUACUCCCAAGUUUGAGAAUGUGAAGAAAAGUAAUGAAAGAAAAUAAAGAAUAACCCAUGGGAAAAUAAGGAGGGGAGAUAUCGUUAUCCCAGUUUUCAAAUGUCCCAUUUCCAGAGGAUUACAUAUUUAAAGAUUAUUGCGCCAAGAAUAAAAUAAUAUUUUAUUGCCCAAUGCAAUAUACAUGCAACAGACCAAAAAUUGAGGGACAGCUAACAACUGCUUUAGCAGUUCCUGAUGUUCCCACAAGUUUCCCUUUUGGUGAAAGGAAUUCUUAGUCUUUUGCACACAACCUUCACACACUGGGCACCCUUAAGAUUGCAAGGGUGUCAGCCAUUGGGCUCCUCAUAAUUCUUAUUUGAGCACAAGCUUGCUAUAUCAUUUACAACAAUGAAUGAUAUUAUAGUGAUAUUUAUAGCUCAGGGAACACAAAUAACUCCCUGCUAAUGGAUUGGAAAUAAAAUAUUAAGUAAUAUUAAUUUUCUUUUGUUUUAUCUUUUCAGUGCCAUCACCAAUGGACGACGAAAAGGUAAUGAAAAACUUUGUAAGAAUCCUUUCUUCAAAUAUGAAAAACCUUAAGACAGAAGACUGAAAACUCUAUAUUGGCUCCAGUAUAGGUUUAUAGGAUAUUAUUUUGAAGUCUCAUGCAACUGAUGUUUCACUACAUAGAAUGCAGACAUAGAUUGAAAGCCGACUGUUUGGUUUACGAGUUUAGCAGAAUUAUGUAGAGUUGUACUGGGUACAUAUUUAUUAUUGUUUCAUGCAAAAAGCUUGAUGCUGGUUUUUUAUGCUGUCACAACAUAAUAUUAUUAGAUGUUGCGUCCACUGACUGUAGAGCAUUAAGGCAUUCAAAAUAUCAUAAUACAUGUAUCUAAGGCAAUGUUUAAAAAAAGACUUUUAUCAUUUUGGGGAAAAGCCUACUGGGCUGCUGUAAGCUACUAGUACUGAUGAAAAACAUCCUUUCAGCUUCCAUGCACCUGUUCCUCCAUUCACACGGCAAAAAUCCACUAAACAGCUGGAAAUAAUAUCAACAAUAACAGACACUGAACAUUAACAUACAUAUACUUCAUUCAUCGGGGGGAGGGGUGUUGCAAAGAAUAUUGGCCUCCAAAUCUACUGUUUGUACUCCCCAAAUUCCACAUCCCUGGCAGUUUAUGCAACCCAAUAUCUUCAAAGCCAGGUGCAUUUUUGUCUAAAAAAUGAAAUGAUAUCCCAAUUCGAGCCACAAACAGUAGGGGGGAAGAUUUAAACAGUUUUGAAAAGUAUCAGGGAUGAUUUAUUAUGCAAAUAAUAAUACCUCAAAUAGCACAUAGUAGAACCAUGUCCCUAAAAGGAAAUCAGAGCCCCCCCCCCCCCCCCCCCACUUGUGGUUUCCAAUGCAACGCAAUCUCCCGCCACAUCCAAUUUUACAACUGAUUACACGAAUGCGACAACUACUGCGGCGAAUAAUGUUACAGCACCGUUUAACACGACUGGGGUAUUAACUGCAACCCUAAAUGCCACUUCCACGAAUCAGUCUGCUACGGCUAAUGGAUCAUCGACUCAGAAUCCUAACUCGACAAGCGUUUUAAACUCCACGAUUUCCACCCUGACAGAACAAGGGAACGCUUCAUUUGCAAACGCAACUCAAACAACGAUCACAAAUUCAUCUGCCAGUACUCCGGGCGCUGCACAAAGUAGCAAAAUUCCUAGCACAACACAACAGUCUACGACAACCCAGAUGUCAACGACGACAGUGAAAUUAACAACAACGCCGCAAGAUACAACUCAGAAAUCGACGAUAGAGAAAUCUACAACGCCGAAAUUGACAACAGUGGAAUCAACAACCACAGAGAAAUCUACAACCACCCCAACUACAGAGAAAUCUUCAACGCCGAAAGCAACAACCUCGGAAUCUACAACAAAGCAGACCUCUCAAACGCCGGAAUCAACAACCAAAGAGUCGACAACCAUCAGUACUACAGGUACUACAAAGGAAUCGGUUGUUCCUCCAAGCAUGAAAGAAACUACAAAAGAAAGUACAACCGAAACGACCACUAAAAGUACAACUGUUAAAACUGUGGAAACAACCACAACUCUAACAGAGCAGGAAAAAUCAUCACAACCCACAAAUACACAGCACUCAAGUGAGUUGAAAUUUAUUUUUACUCCCAAGUUUGAGAAUGUGAAGAAAAGUAAUGAGAAGAAAAUAAAGAAUUACCCAUGAAAAAAUAAGGAUGGGAGAUACCAAUAUCCCAGUUUUCAAAUGUCCCAUGUCCAGAGGAUUACAUAUUUAAAGAUUAUUGCGCCAAGGAUAAAAUCAUUAUUUAUUGCCCAAUGCAAUAUACAUGCAACAGACCAAAAAUUGAGGGACAGCUAACAACUGCUUUAGCAGUGCCUGAUGUUCCCACAGUGACUAAGUUUCCCUUUUGGUGCAAGGAAAUCUUAGUCUUUUGCACACAACCUUUACACACUGGGCACCCUUAAGAUUCCGAGGGUGUCAGCCAUUGGGCUCCUCAUAAUUCUUAUUUGAGCACAAGCUUGCUAUAUCAUUUACAACAAUGAAUGAUAUUAUAGUGAUAUUUAUAGCUAACACAAAUAACUCCCUGCUAAUGGAUUGGAAAUGAAAUAUUAAGUAAUAUUAAUUUUCUUUUGUUUUAACUUUUCAGUGCCAUCACCCAUGGAUGACGAAAAGGUAAUGAUAAACUUUGUAACAAUCUUUUCUUCAAAUAUGAAAACCCCUGAGAUAGAAGACUGGAAACUCUAUAUUGGCUCCAGUAUAGGUUUAUAGGAUAUUAUUUUCAUGUCUCACGCUACUGAUGUUUCACUACAUAGAAUGCAGACAUAGAUUGAAAGCCGACUGUUUGGUUUACGAGCUUAGCAGAAUUAUGGAGAGUUGUACUGGGUACAUUUAUUAUUGUUUCAUGUAAAAAGCUUGAUGUUGGUUUUUUAUGCUGUCACAACAUAAUAUUAUUAGAUGUUGCGUCCACUGACUAUAGAGCAUUAAGGCAUUCAAAAUAUCAUAAUACAUGUAUCUAAGGCAAUGUUAAAAAAAGACUUUUAUCAUUUUGGUGAAAAGCCUACUGGGCUGCUGUAAGCUACUAGUACUGAUGAAAAAAAAACAUCCUUUCAGCUUCCAUGCACCUGUUUCUCCAUUCACACACCAAAAAUCCACUAAACAGCUGGAAGUAAUAUCAACAAUAACAGACACUGCACAUUAACAUACAUAUACUUCAUUCAUCAGGGGGAGGGGUGUUGCAAAGAAUACUGGCCUCCAAAUCUACUGUUUGUACUCCCCAAAUUCCACAUCCCUGGCAGUUUAUGCAACCCAAUAUCCUCAAAGCCAGGUGCAUUUUUGUCUAAAAAAUAAAAUGAUAUCCCAAUUCGAGCCACAAGCAGUAGAGGGGAAGAUUUAGUCAGUUUUAAAAAGUAUCAGUAACAGUGUAUGGGUAAUUGCUCAGCACCACACACUCCUCCACUCUCUCUGAGAGUGAGGUCAGGUUACCCAUAUGAAUGGUUUAUUAGUAACUAAUUUAAUCUACUCAACAGACUGUGCGAUUUUUCUAUGUGAACGUGCUUAUUCCUGUUGGAGCUGGAGCCUGUACUGCCCUGGCCAUUGCAUUUUUGGUUGUCCUGUGCAGAUGCUGUCGCAGAAGAAAGUUAAAGAAAGUCCGCUAUUUUGGAAAGGUCAGGAUUUAUCACUAGUGGCACUCUAUAAUCAGCUUAUCUUGGAAAGGUUGUCAUACAAAAGAGUAAAAGAGUGUACAAAAUUGGCAAAACAGCCGGCAAAACAUAGUCCGUCAAGCCUUAAUGCUGAUAAUUUGGUUUUUAUUGCACUGAAAUGCUCAGUGGAGUGACAGUGAACUAGCCACUGACAACAACAUGUUUUUGCACUCUCUGGUACUCUUUCAUGCCUUCUCCAGACAAUAGUGAGCUCACGCAACAGGAUGGGAGAAGAAAGAAGAUGGCAAACUUUGUGUGACAAGUGUGACAAUAAUUUUGUUUGAAAAACUUUUCCGCCGAACUUCACCUUCCUUUAAACAGGUCAUUUUGUAAAAGGCCAGAAAACAUAAACUUGAGUGAAGAUCACCACAAAACAGUAAUAGGUCUGUCAUGUUUGUCACACACAAGCGUUUUGCUGUCCUCUUCUUUCUGCAGUCCUGUUGCGUAAAUUCACUAAUCUCUUUCUGAUUAUCUUUAUGUCAUGACCAAAAUGAGGUACCUAGGUUGUGUAACGGAGACAUAAUAUUUAGAGAGGGAAACACUUGACAAUUACAAACAGAACUUAUAAACUUAUUGUCCUCAACAUCAGCACAGACUGUUUGUUACAUGUACACAGACAGACUAUUGGUCUCGGACAGAUAAAUCAGAUAAAUAAACAAACAGUUAUACAUGUACAAUCAGACUAUUCUUCUUCGGAAUUGAACACUGCCCCUUUGAACAUUAAGAUAUUAUCUGUCUGAGAAAGGAUUAUCUGACAGAUAACUAGUCUGAGAUGGAUAAUUAUUUGUGUUCCCAGUCAUCAGAACUUAUCAGAUUGACCCAAUCUAAAUAUGAUAUUCGAUUAUUGUGGGAAAAAUCUCUUUAUAACAAGAAUUCCAUCAUUUCUAUUAUUUUCACCCACGUGCUUGUUAAAAUAAUAGGAGGCGCACCUGUGGGUGCCCUAUGCUACGUGUCAGAACUUCAUCACCUUGCUCUUAUUGUUGAAAAUUGAAUUUCCAUAAUACUAUUGCCAUGAUUUAUUAGUGCUGUUACUUCUUUUGUGUCACGUCACUUGUCCCAAAUUACUCUGGGAAUGCCUCUUACAGUGACUUUUUAGAAAUAGUUGUGGUGAGUCCUUGGACUCAUCUUGUGAAAAAUCAUAGGUCCUACUCCCGAACCAUUGAUUCUCAGUUCAAAAAACUAGUUCUAAAUUGAAAAAGCUUGGGCCUUUAUGUAACCAGGAAGUUACUGAAUCUAAAGACAGACUCCAAAACCCUUUUCACAGUUUACUGUUCAAAAUUAAAAUAUAUUCCUUUUAUUUAAACAACCAAAAUAAGGGGACUAAAAUAAAAUUAUGCAUCUUUAAAACAGCCACAGAAAUCACACAAACAGGAUUUUGUACAAAAACGUCUUCAGAUUGAUCGAUCUUUGCAUCCUUCAGCACGCAUCCAUUAAAUUAUCUUGCGUCUUUGGUAAUUUUUAUGCAUCAGGAACGCAGCACACAGAGGUAACAAAAUCACUGCUUUUAGAUGUUGAUCAAUACUGUCAGUUUUAAAUUCUUUCUUUAUAUUUUUAUUUUUUUAGGCUUCUGGAGAGUUGGACAUGGAUAAGUUAAAUCUGUUGUCACAUUCCAGUGAUGAAGAAUAA